CUUGUAUACAGUUGUACAUUUCUGUUAUCUUCCACUUAUUUAAAUAAUUUUUGUUUUUUAUAUUUACUUCUUUUAAUCUUCUUCAUAAAACUACCAACCAUAUCUACGUUUGUAUAUUUCUUUUUUUACAUUUUGACUUUUUAUCUUUAUAUUCCCAUCAUGGCUUCUUUCUCCCUUCUCAAGUAAUGGAAACGUUUUUAUUUGAUACUAUUUUAUUUACUUUGACAAUACUGUUAUACCUCUACUUUAAACAACUUAACUGGAUCUUUAUCAAAACUACAAUCAAAACCAACUUCCGAACUCAAAAACGCUCUCCAUAUAAGCUCGCCAAACUCUCUUACUCUUAUCUACAUCGAUCUCCACAUCCCCCAAGAGUUAACUUUAUACAAAGCGAUCCUCACCAUUAUCACCAAAAUUAUCCAUUCUCCUCUGCACCAAAUUACUACUUUUAUUACUUAGUAUUUACUUUACAAUAACAACAAUAUGAACGCGAACGCUCCUACUUUUAUUCCUUCUUCCAACGGUAGCAGCAGCAACAACAACAACAACAAGAACGACAACAAGAAAAACGUUGCAGCAAAUCAAUCUCCAACUGAUGCAGUCAAUAAUAGUCCUUCAACUAAAACCAAACUAAAUGGAAAAUCUCAAGCUUCAUCAACAACAAAGCGUUUUUCGACCCAGCCUGUGGAAACAUCAACAUCAUCAACCAAUCAACGCCACCAAAAAUAUCACCAUAGCAAUCAUCAUAACAAAGGAUCUGCCGCAGCCAAGAAUAAAAGCAAACGCCAACCACGAUCAACUUUAUCUGAACAACCAGAAAUGUUGGAGGUUCAACGUCUUCACAUCGAUGGUCAACCUGAUAAAAAGGGUCGUGUAUCACUGAACCAUUUACUUAGUUUCUCCUUCCCUCCUCGUCAACAACAACCUGUGUACACUCCUCGACGUCACAAACCAACCUCUUAUCAACCAUACAACAAGGAACGUUUUAUCAAUGCAAACUUUCGAUUUGUGGUCAAACCUUCUGGGAAUUACCUCACCAAUAUUAUUGAACCUGACUCGACAUUUGAUUGGGAUAAUAUUGAACAAGUGUUAAUUACUGGUGAAGAAGCAUUAUCCUGUCCUAUUUGUUUAUCACCACCAACUGCUGCAAGGGUUAGUAAAUGUGGGCAUACUUUUUGUCUCAGUUGUAUCCUUCAUUAUCUUGAACUUCGGGAGCCAAAGAAACAAUGGCGCAAAUGUCCAAUCUGCUGGGAAUCUAUCUAUGGUCGUGAUCUGAAAAGUGUGCGUCUUGUACAUCCUUUUGCCGUAUCAAGACCAUCUUCAACAACAACAGCAACUUCAAAUCCUUUGAAUGUGACAGUAGGUGAUGAGGUCGAAUUUUGUUUGAUGCAACGAUCUAGUAAAUCAACUCUAGCCCUUCCACUAUCUGAUACCUGGCCUAUUGAUGAACUGUCAUACAACAAGUACCACAAAUCAUCCGAUUCUUUUGCUUUAUCAACCAUGCCUUGGCACUUUACUCCUGAUGUCAUGUUAUUUGGACGAUUUAUGCUGGCUAGUCCUGAUUAUCUAUUGAUGGAAAAUGAUCGUGACAUUCGAGAAUUGAAGGCUGCAUUGGAGGAAGCCAAGGAAUGGGGUUCAAAUGAAGAAAUACCAUUUAUUGAAGCUGGAUUACAUCAAUUGGGACUAGAAGCUGAGACCAUUGGAAAUAUGUAUUCAAACGCGUCUUUGUCUAAUGCUGUCAAAUCUGCUGAAGAGGUAUUGGAACAAAUCAAAUUGGAUCAUCUUCAACAUCGUAAAGACAAAGAAACGACAAUUGCUGCGCCGCUAUUAUCAUCAGCAUCAGCAUCAGCAAAACAGUCAUCAUCAUCAUCAACGACGGAAGUAGGAAAACCAGUAGUCAACGAGGAUGAAGUACCAGAAGCAUACCGACAGUAUCAUUCACAACGUGCAGGAACAGAUGAUGUGGAAUCAUCCAAUGGAUCUGAUCCAGAAACUAUGAAACAUCUCCAACAUCAACAGCAACAAAAACAACAACAGCAUCCUGUCAACGAAUUCAACUUUUAUCAGGCAAAGGAUGGGCAACAUAUUUACCUUCAUCCUUUGGAUAUCCGAAUUCUUAAGCAUGAAUAUGGUGAUUAUCAGUAUUUCCCUUCCUAUCUCAAGGUCAAAACAACAGGUGUAGAAGAAACAACACUUACAGAGGAUAUACGCAAAAGAUUCAAAUAUCUUGGUCAUUUACCUUUGGCUUGUGAUGUAACGUUUAUUGAAAUUGACAUGAAACCAUUGGUUAGCAAGAAGACAAUAGAUCAUUUCCAGAAUGAAUUAAAAUUGCGCAACAAGAAACGUCAAGAUAGGAUCAAGCGUGAAGAAAAGGCAAGAAAGGCAUCAACAAUCAAACAACAAAAGAAACAAGUGGAAAUUGGACGACGUGAAGAACAAAUUCGGCGGGAACAAGAUCCAUUUUUCCAAACCUAUCAACCCAUGACGCAAGAAGAAAAUGAUGCCAUGUUGAAACAAGCUUUGGAAACAUCAGCCUUGGAAGCUCAGCAGCAUCAACAUCAACCAAAGACUGUCUGGGGCACUCCAGCCGUGGCAGCAGAACAAGUCGAGACUCAACCACAAGAAUGGGCUGAACAUAUUGUUGUUACUCAAGGAAGAAGAAAACCCAAAGGCAAACGCAGAUGAUGUUAGUUUAGAUUCAAUUUUUUGUAUCUUUUUUUGUGAUUCCUCAAAUAAAUCAAUCUCUAUUCAAUAAAAAAAAAAAA